UUCCUGUGUUAGACUGAGGGUGUCUGUAUACGACAUAUCAAAUACAACGUCCCGGGACGGUACAUCUUCACAUUUUGUUCAAAUGGCGAAUGUGGAGGAAACAAAGCAAAUGGAGAUUAUUACACAGCUAUCCAACCGAGCUAUAAAUGAGUAUGAAGGACUCCAAGAAGAACACAAGAAAACCAAGCAAGAGUUUGAAAGAAUUAAAAAGGACCGAGAUGAUGCGAUCAACAAACUCAAAGAGUUUCAGAGGCUUUCCCACCUGGUGAUUGAGGAAGUCACUGUCAUCCAGGACAAUCUGGAUAUUGAGAAAUCCUGCAGAAUGAGUGCUGAGUCUCUAGCCUCCAAGCUGAACCGUGAGAACAAGUCCCUGAAGAGGAAGAGCAUGUUGUACCAGUCUCAACUAGGGCCUGAAGUCAUCAGUGCCAUCAACUUUGAGGAAGAAGACUCUGCUGUGGAGAAUGAGGAUAGCCCUGUCGCAUGCUCUUCUCUUCAUUGCAGGCGUCAAAUCACAGAGCUGCAGGAUAAACUUUCUUCAGCACAAGAGGAAAAGAAGAAAUUUGCAAAUGAACUGGAAAUGUUGAGACAGACACUGGAGAAAGUAACAGAUGAACUGAAAAAAGAAAAACAGGAAAAUAUUGUUUUGUUCACUGAAACGGUUCAACAAAAGAAGAUCUUGACAAAAUUCAACAGAGUUUCCCGAUUAGCAUUGGAAGAAUAUGAAGAGCUACAGGAGAAUCUGGAGCUUGAGAAAGAUCUUCGAAUGGAAGCAGAAGGCUUUGCACAAAAAAUGCUGGUGGAGCAAAAGAAACUGAAAAGGCAGAGCCAGCUUCUGCUCCAAAGUGCUUCUCCCAGUGAGCAGCUCUGCAGAGCUCUGGAGGAUGUGUCCCGGCUCACUCAGGUUUUAGAGACUGAGAGGCUUCAGCACCAGCAGGAGAUGAAGACUGUUCGUCAGCAGCUCCAGGACUCCACACUGCUGAAGGAGAUGGGGGUUCUGCAGCAGAAAGUGGAACUGCUAGAGGAGGAGAAGAAGGAUUGGGAAGACAAGUACCAGAAGACAGAUGAACAGGCUAGGGACCUCAGACAUAGAGUGGAAGAGCUACAGAAGCGACUGCAAAAUGCUAUAAAGCAUAUAAAGAAUGCUGUACAGGAGAAAUCAGAAAAUACACAUAUGUUUGCUCAACACACAUAUAACAUUAUAUUUUGCACUGUCUCAAUCCUUUCAAGCUCUCUCCUCGCCAUUAUUCGGAAAAAACGACUGGCUGGGAAUUAUCCCACAACAGGAGCUGGAGCACAAGAACCAACACUGAAAGAAUCGGCAGGAGGGGAAGUGGUAGACGUACGAAAACAAGCAGUGGAUGAAAUGAUGGAGAGGAUUAAAAAGGGCAUUCAACUCAGACCUGUUACCCAGGCUGCUAACAGGACUAGAGCAACACAGAUGGAAAGGAAGCCAUCUAAUAGUGCUCUCCAGGAGUUGAAGGGAGUUCUGGACACAAUGAAGAUAUCAUCCCAGGCUCAGUACAGAAAUGUGUCUAAGGUAAAGGUUGCACAGACUGAGCUGGAAAAGAUACUACUAAGACGAAGGUGUGCGUGUGAACAGACAGAAGAAAGCCGCUUGCAGUCGACUCAAAACCCGUUGCACAGCAGUGUCAGCGGUGACAUUGACAGAGUAAACAAGACAGAUCAGAAUGCAGAGCUGAAAACGGGGGACUGGACUCAGUCCCAUGGAGAUGGAGAAACACACACCAGCAUGCUGCCACUGCCUCUGGAUGGACACUGUGAACCUUCAUAUCCUGCUAAAGAAAAGUGGACCAACGAAGGGAACAAAAAAAGUGGACAAACGAGUUGUGAAAACAUCUCUGAAUAUAGCAGCAACUGCUGAUUAAAGGAAUAUACAUCAAGACUCCAGCUUGAUUCCAAGUGGACAUAGCCUACAGUAUGUUCUAUGUCUGUCCAAGUUCAUGUGUGUUACAUGAGCUGUCAACAGCAUUUCAGCUUACAGUAAGCAAGGUGAAAAAUUAUGAUAAUUGCUUUAUUUCAUAGAUACCUAUCCCUUUAAUUUUAAAAAUACCAAAGCAAGUCAAUAUGUUUAGUUGUACUACUUUACACUUUAGUUGUUCAUUUACACUAAAAUAUUUACCUCUUUGGUAUUCUAUUUUUAUUCUAUGAACUCAAAAUUUUGAUUGUUGAGUCUUUGAGAUGUGCUGAUCAAAUGUAUAAAAGCCGGAACUAUUUUCUGUUAACAAAGGAAACUAAAUGAAACUAUCGUAGAAACUACGGUACUUUGUGUCAAGAGAUAAUUAUAUAUUUAAAAAAUAAGAAAUGGCUACUUUAACAAAUUUAAAUUUAAAUCUAAUUUUACUUAAAUCAUCUCUAUGAUUUUAUUAAUUUGAAAUAUUACUCACUUUUUGUGUGUUAGUUAAUUUUGUGAUUAUUUACAGAAGCUACCAGGCCUAAUCACCUCAUCCUUAAAGCCCUUCAAGGUGUCAUACAGUACAUCUGUUUAAAGUACAAUAAACAUAAACCAUGUUUGAAAUGUCUUGACAGUCAGACUGGAUCAUGAAUUAUUAAACAUGUAUAGUACUUUAUGUAAAACAGAGUAAAUGACAUUAAAAUCACAGUAGAGUGUUUGGUCAGUUACUGUUACCAUGGUAACAAUAUUAGCUCAAAUCCAUAAAGAUAUAUAUUUUUAGUGAUUUAAAAUUAUAUUUAUUCUAAGAAACCUACAAGAAAAAGACAAUGAAAAGCCUGCAACAGAAAAAUUGUCGUCCUUCAUCAGGUAUCUGUUUUCUUUAUGGAUGGUAUUUCUUUAUCUGCUACUUCCUAACAUCCGAUAAGUCUUCUUUUGGACAUUUUACAUGUACUGUAGGUUUAUAAUGGAAGUAAUCAUUUGUGCUUUUGAGUAUUGUGUUCUCCCCAUGCAUACUGGUGCUUCAAUUAUAAAAUCUUUGCUGUGUCUGUUAACAGAUUUUUUUCCCAGUGAGGUGUCAGCCUCACAGAAAAUGGGCACCUCUGUACCAGUCAGGGCAACAUCAUAUUGUGCCAACAUUGAGUAUGAAUGGAUUCUGGCACAUCUUUUUACAGUAUCUAUAGAAUGAAUGUGACAUGCCUUCUUAAGAUUGCCAGCAGUUUUCUGCAGUGUUGUGACAGUCAUAAGAAUGUAUUGGGUAGUUAAUAUUCCUUUAUAGAACGGUAGGUGUGACUAUCCAGUAGCUCAAAUCACAACCCCCCACAAAAGAUAUUAGGGACCCACUAUAUGCAGAACCUGAUGUGUAA